AUGGAAUCACCAAGCACAGUUAUAUGUGAUGUUUGUGAGUCUCAACACAGGACAACACAUGCUGACUUCUGGUGCCCUGAGUGUGACGAAGGAUUGUGUUCCCAAUGUCUGAAGUAUCACAAUGCAUUAAAAGCCACACGUGCCCAUGAAGUUAUAUCUGUCGAAAAUUAUAAACAAUUACCUACGUCGAUAGCCAAUAUAGCACAUCACUGUUCACAGCAUGACAGAAAAUUCCAGAUGUAUUGUCCCCAACACGAAAGUGUGUGUUGUCCAUUGUGUAUUCGGGCCAACCAUGCUAACUGUGUUGGGAUAUUGUCGUUGGAGGAAGUCAUACAAACAGCCAAAACUUCAGUCUUAUUGGAAAGUCUUGAUCAAAAUCUGAAAGAUAUCAAAAUAAAUAUCGAGGGAGUCGUUAAAGAUAGGAAACAAAAUCUUUCUGAAAUCCAGAAACAAAGGCAGAAAUUUCACGAUGAAAUAAAGCAGGUACGUAAUAAAAUUAACGAACACCUUGACACUUUAGAGAAACGACUACUUCAGGAGCUAUAUGCAGCCGAAACGAAAGUUAAAUCACAAAUUGAGGACUUGCUAGAAAAACUAACUGAAAAUACAGAAAAUGUAAAUUCAAUGGAAAAUAGUAUUUCAACCAUCAAAGAUUAUGCUUCAGACCUUCAAGCAUUUCUGGGAAGUAAAAUGAUUGAAACAGAAAUUCAAAAAUAUGGAACAUUUAUGCAGUCUUUAUUCGACGAGGGAAGUUUGCGGAUGAUAGACAUAAACAGUAAAAUUGAUAACAAGAUAACCCACAUAUUGUUAAAUGCUACUUCACUAGGUACAAUAUCCAUCGAAUCAAGCUCUCCAUUGGUGUUUAUGAAGUCAGGGAAAGAAUUACAAGCACAAACAAGGUCUUUGCAGCAUGUACCCCCUUCGACUAUCAAUGACAAAAUAAUGACAUUACAAAGAAAAUUUGAUAUUUAUGGUAACACUGGAUGUUCCAUUUCUCCUACAGGAGACUUAAUUAUAAUAGACCACGGGAACUAUGGUCUGCUGAUUUAUAAGGAAGAUGGAACCUUGAAGAAUAAAGUACAUCUGUCAACUCAAAAUCCAGUAGAUAUUGCUUGUAUUGAUGACAAAACAGUCGCAGUUUCUUUUCAAUAUUGUAAGCAAAUACAAAUCAUAAAAAUUUCAACUAAAACAGUUGAACGCACACUAAAAACUGGAGGAAAUUGUUACGGUUUAUGUCACUCAGAUGACCAUUUGUUGUACUGUGAUACUGGUAGCGGUAUUCAGAAAGUAAAUAUGUCGGACAAUUGUUCUUCGAUUUUAGUUAAAGACAACUUCUUGUCCGCCUGGAGUUAUGUAGCAACUUAUAAAGACAAGAUUUUUUAUACCAAUUGUAACCAAUAUACAGUAACAUGCUGCUCGUUGACUGGAGAGAAGAUGUGGGAAUACAAAGAUCAAUUAGUUAGUUUUCCGCGAGGGUUAGCUGUAGAUAAAGACUCAAACGUUUAUAUUGCAUCGUCUGGUAACAAUAGUAUAAUUGUAUUGUCCUCGGAUGGAAAAAAAGCAAGAAAACUGCUUGGAAAUGAUAACGGAAUUUGUCAGCCCUUUGGACUGGCACUUGAUGUAAAGAAAGAAAAUUUAUUAGUUGCCAAUCAUAAUGUACCUGCAUUAUACAGACUAAGUUGA